AUGAGAAAAGACCAAGUAGAAGAUACCCUGCAAGAGGAGGUCAUGACAGAGGAAGAGGCCCGACUGGAAGAGGUCCGACCGGAAGAGGUUCCAGAAGAGGUCCACCUCCAAGACGUCACGGCUCAGCCUUUCCAGGCCAUGGAAGAAGUCCAGGGAGAGGGCCGAUGGGAAGAGGUCGCGGCUCAACGUUCCCCGAUCGGAGAAGAGGUCCUGGAAAAAGUCCAAUGGCAAGAGGACGUGGUCCAACCUCUGGACAUGGAAGAGGUCCUGGCGGCUUUCCCGGAAGAGGGCGUGGGGGUCCUGGACGAGGAAGGUUUGGAGGUCCCGGAGGUCGUGGACGCGGAAUGGCUGGAAGAGGUCCCGGGAGGAUGUUUUCUAGAGGAAGAAGUAGAGGUCAGCAUGAUAGAAGAGGCUUGCCGGGAGCGGGUCCUGGAAGAGGGUUGA